UGGAAGCAUCGGCAAUGGAAGAAACCUCCGCGGUAACAGCCGUUGCCAUCGACAAGGACAAGAGUAGCCAGGCUGCUGUGAAAUGGACAGUGGAUAACCUGUUGGAAGGAGACUCUAAAUGCAUCCUCAUUCAUGUUCUAAACAAGACCUUGCAUCCUAAAGACUUUGAAGCUACACCUAUCGAAGGUCGAUCGCCAUCUGAAGAUGAGGUAGAAUUAUACUUCCUUUCUCCCCGAGGAUACUGCGCUCUUAAAGGGGUUGAAACACAUGAGGUGAUCCUCCAUGGCAUUGAUGUCUCAACUGCCCUGCUAGAUUAUAUCCACAACAACAACGUCAGAAACAUCAUUGUUGGCGCUUCAACUCGGAAUGUUCUUACAAGGAAACUCAGACAUCCAGAUGUCCCAACGAGAUUGCUCAAAUUUGCACCGGAAUCGUGCGGAGUAUAUGUCAUAUCAAAAGGAAAAGUUCAGGCUUCCCGGUCAGCGUGUAGGUCUUGGACAUCUCACGACAGCACAAGCACGAAUUCGCACAGUUCACGGCAUCGGAAAAUGCUUCUGCCUAAAGGUGCACUUGAUAACUCAGAGAUUAAAGACUUAAGCAGCAGCAGAUCCCCAUCCGACCAUUUCGGUGCAGGCCCCUACAAAAGUAUUUCGAGAUGUAAAGCCAGAAAAUACGGAAUAACUCCUGAUAGAACCAGUGGUUCCUUUCAAGUAAAACCAUGCGACCAAUUGAUGUCAAAUACACAAGUUGUAUCACCUAAAGCUUCAAAGAGAUGUAAAAGACAAGAAUUUCUUCAUAGAAUUUCCAUACCAGAGAGAACUAUUAUUUUAGAGCCACAAAAUUGUCGACCAACCGACCCAACUGCUCACGGUUCAGACAGUACAGCUUACAGUUCCUGCUUGAGUCCUUCCAUUACCAUAUUACUGAGACAUAGUUCAUCCUUUGCAUGAGUUGCAUAGCGAGACUUGAUGUUGGAGAUGAGGAGACUUCGAAAAGAAUUAGAGAUAUCCAUGGAAAUGUUUAAAUCAGUUAGCAAAGAAGCUGUUGCGGCGAAAGAGAAGUUGAGGACGCUUCAGGAAUGGAAAGAAGCAGAAGAGCAAAAACUAAAGGAAGCCAGGCUUGCCGAGGAGGCUGCAGUGGCUUUGGCCGAGGCAGAGAGGCAAAAAGCCAAGGCUGCUAUGGAAGCAGCAAAGACGGCACGGCGUUUAGCAGAUAUGGAGGUGUGUAAGAGAAAACUCUCUGAAUCAAAAGCCAAUCGUGAGGAAGAAGAAAAAAAGAGAGCACUAGAUAUGUUGGCUAACAAUAAAGCUGCUUAUAGAAAAUACACCACUGAUGACGUUGAAGCUGCAACGGAUUACUUUUCUGGCGAGCAUAAGAUUGGUGAAGGAGGAUAUGGAUCUGUUUUCAAAGCCACACUUGAUCACACUGCUGUUGCCAUCAAGGUCUUAAAGCCAGAUAUGUCACAAGGACAGAGGCAAUUCCAACAAGAGGUUGAGGUUCUCAGCUGCGCGAGACAUCCACACCUGGUUCUGCUCAUAGGUGCCUGCCCUGAGUACGGAUGUCUAGUAUAUGAAUACAUGGAAAACGGAAGCUUAGAAGAUCGGCUCUUUCGUAAAGACAACACUCCACCAAUACCAUGGCAAAGCCGGUUUAGAAUAGCUGCUGAAAUUGCCACAGGCCUUCUGUUCCUUCACCAAACAAAGCCAGAACCACUGGUGCAUCGUGACCUCAAGCCUGCAAACAUUCUCUUAGACCGGAAUUAUGUGAGCAAGAUUAGUGAUGUUGGCUUGUCCGAACUGGUCCCAGUCCCUGCAGAAGAUGGUGUCUCUCAAUAUCGCUUAACACAAGCUCGGGGAACAUUUUGUUACAUUGAUCCAGAGUAUCAGCAAACAGGAAUGCUAGGUGUAAAAUCAGAUUUAUAUUCAUUCGGUGUGGUUCUACUACAGCUGAUAACGUCAAAGCCACCAGUAGGACUGUGUGCCAGUGUUCAGGAGGCAAUCGACAAAGGAACCUUUGCAGAAAUGCUUGAUCCAGUGGUACCAGAUUGGCCUGUUGAAGAGGCUUUAUCAUUAGCAAAACUGGGUUUACAGUGCUGUGAGCUAAGGAAAAGGGAUAGGCCAGACCUUAAUUCAGUUGUUUUACCAGAGCUGAAUCGCCUCAGGAAUCUUGGGCUUGAACAUGAAGCCAACAACAUUGAGAUUCAACAUCAAGCCAACGACGGCAAAAACGUGGCUUCUGAAGCACCCAUUCAUAAUUCAGUUCCAGAGAAUAUAUCACAAGGAAUUCAGGUUAGUCUAUACAUGAAUAUUGCAGUCACUAGUCUGUUUUACUUCAUGCAUUAUCAAGAACAAAUGACAAACAAUCCUAAUGUAGAAAUGGAAUUCGAACGUAGACCGCUGAAAGAAGCUAACGGAAACUGUUAACAUCGAUGAGCAGAGUGUGGAAGUCCAGCAUCCUUCCAUCCAACGGA